UACCAUGCGAGUUAUCGGACUAGGUAUUCCAAAAAGUAUCAACAUAAAUAACACCAAUUCUAAUUCAACACGGGAACGAGAUUCUUUAAAUUCUGCUCAGAAACAAAGGAAGUGCAAACGGAAGUAAAAAAGGAUGUGAUAUGUACACGCUCCAAGACAUCUGCGUUGAAUGGUCCUGGUAGCAGAGAUGAAAGUCACACACUUGGUGACCCAGAUUUUCAGCACCAGAAUCCACUUUCUCGUACCUCCUAUGUUUAUGAAGUUAUUUCAUUAAAACGUGUCAGAAAACCACUGUACCCUAGCUAAUUAAAACGUUAUCCGGUACACAUAAACACCACCCAGUCUCAAUGGUUCUGUGGAUGGGAUACUCUUGGCGACUCCAUGAUGCCCCUAGAACGUUUAUAUAGUCAUCGCUGGAGACACCCGUCUAUUUGUUUAGUUGUCCGCACAUAUAUAUGCGCGUAUGUUAACAUUGCUUUGGGUACAAUACACCAGCGGCCACUAAGGCUUUCAUUCAUUAAACAAUAUUAAUUUCAUUUUGCUGUGUCCCAUCUGUUUGAAGAUAUAAAUUUAUAAUGAUAUGUAGCUAGGUGUAAACUUUCUCAUUAUUUUUUCUCCGACACACAGUCGCAAACAGAAAAACGUUAAAAAAAAUAUCGAAGUGUAGCCAUUUAUUGUUUUGCUGACGUAUUUCAAUUUAUAAAAAAUAGUUUUAUUCUGCCUACGAGUUUUACGGUUACACACAAUCACUGUGUCGUCAUUAUGGUCAUAUCCUCAUCAUAAAUACGUAUAUACAAGCCAUCCAAAACCUACACACCGUGCAUAAUCCGCUGGGUACUUUAUUCGGACAACAAAGCCACGCGCUUCACGGAACUUAGAAUAGACGAAAAAAACGAAAUCCUGCAGAGGUGUCAAUCCAGGAGACUAAAAGACAAACAGAGAUUAAAGACACUACAUUGAUCACCACCCCAGAAGUUCACGAUAUUGCCAAGUGCGAUUUCUGUUCACUAUCCCAGAGAGUUCAUGUUAUUGACGAGUGCAGCGAGGUGCUCGAGUAUUUAAACCCACAUGUCGGUCUGAUGAGGAGCAGUUGAUGUUCAGUUACUGAGGAAGAUGGUCGUGUCUGGAGAGAUGACUUGUAUACAGUGCACGAUAGUGGGAGACAAGAAGGUGGGGAAGUCCACAAUCAGUAGAGGUCUGUGUGAGACUGAGGGGGUUCUGGACAUACACAUUAACAACUACCAGUCUACAAUCUUUGACAAUAUUGCCGGAACAACCCACUUUGAAGGAGAAGAUGUAACAAUAAAUUUAUUUGACUGCUCAAGUGAGACGGAACAUUCUGCAAUCAGAGAAUUUGCUUACAAGGACAGCAAUGUGUUCAUUCUGUGUUACAGUGUGGUAGACAGGACUUCUUUAGUGAACAUCAGGGACAAAUGGAUUCCAGAAAUUCGAAAAUUCCUUGGCAAAAAAUUUAAACUGUUGGUGGUAGGGACACAGACAGACAUACGUGAUUCCGUGUGUCUGGACCAGGACCCGCCAAUCAAUAAAACCGAAGGUGCUGACUUUGCGCGCCAAAUUGGUGCGGACUAUUUCAUGGAGUGUAGCUCCACAUCUCCGUCCACUUUUUGUGACAUUUUCAAACAUGUGGCCAUGAUCGGCAAAAAGACAAAACGAAGGCGAUCUCCUGUAAAUCUAGUUCGAAGACUGCUGGGUACAAAUUAGAGAUACGACCUCAAAAACUUCUGUUUAUUCUAGUCAAAAUGCAUUCCUCCUGUGCUAUUUAUGAUUAUUUUCAACUUGUGAUACUUUGUUGCUAAUUUGCAUAAACAUGCUAAAAAUUAAAGAAAUACAAAAAUAAAA